AUAGAAUCUAAUGUCGUGUAAGUUAGGACCACGUGUUAAGUAAAAGAAAAAAAUUAUUCGUGAUCGGAUGAUAGACAUGAUAUUCAAACACUAACAACAAUUUUAUCAUGUUAGUAAAUAUGUGAUUUGUUUUGUUAAUUUUAGAAUGAUAACAAAAUUAUUUAUAAAGAAAUAUGUCAUUAAAAGUGAAAGCGAAAUUUUUUCAAUGUUGUGGAGUGCAAAAUAAAAAGUGGAAAUGAAUAAGUUAAGCAGCAUACCACCAAAUUUUGAUCUUGAUGAUCCAAGAUUUAGGAUCAAACCAUAUCAACAGAUUGUUGCUUCUUGUACUGGUGCUUUUAUUACAUCAAUUUUUGUUACUCCUUUGGAUGUAGUAAAAAUUAGGCUUCAAGCACAACAGAAAGCUAUGCUUUCUAAUAAAUGUUUCCUUUAUUGUAAUGGUUUAAUGGAUCAUUUAUGUCCUUGUUUAAAUGGAAAAGGUCCAAUAUGGGCGAAAGGGAAUGGAAAAUUUAAUGGCACAGUGGAUGCUCUUAUGAAAAUCAGCAAGAAUGAAGGUAUUCUUUCAUUAUGGAGUGGUUUAAGUCCUACUCUUGUUCUAGCAGUACCUGCAACUAUAGUAUAUUUUGUUUCAUAUGAACAGUUAAGAUUAUAUUUUAAGGAUAAGUAUAAUAACAAAUGUAGGAAAGUUAAUGGAGCUACUAUGGAGCAACCAUUUUGGAUCCCUAUGAUGGCUGGGGCUAUAGCACGUAUUUGGGCUGCAACAAUAGUAAGCCCAUUAGAAUUAAUUAGAACAAAAAUGCAGUCACAAAAAUUAAGUUAUGCAGAAAUUCUUCAAGCAUUGAAAACUGUUAUAAAAUAUAGUGGUGUCUCUGGUCUAUGGAUGGGAUUAAGUAGUACUCUUCUACGUGAUGUACCAUUUAGUGCAAUUUAUUGGCUACAUUAUGAAACUAUAAAACAAAAAUUUCAAGGGACACAACAGACUUUUACUUUUAACUUCAUAGCUGGUGCUGUAGCUGGAUCUCUAGCUGCAUUUUUAACUAUACCAUUUGAUGUAGUGAAAACACAUAAACAAAUAGAAAUGGGUGAGAAAGAAAUUUAUUCAGAUAAACCUGGACGUAGUAGUGGAACAUGGGCUAUAAUACGAAAAAUUUAUGUUCAGAAUGGGGUGAAAGGAUUAUUUACGGGUCUAAUACCGCGUGUAAUUAAAGUAGCUCCAGCUUGCGCAAUUAUGAUUGCGACAUUUGAACACGGAAAACGAUUCUUUCAGUUGUACAAUGCUAGCGAAGUGCUUCAACAUGAAAGUGAUAUACAACUUCUGAAACAUAAAAGAAAAAAUGCGGAAUGA